GAACAAUUUGAAAGACGUACGGUUGCCAUGGGAAACAUUUGCGUCACCCGGGAACGAGGCUAAGAAGUUUUAGUUGACGUUUUAUGACAUUGUCAGCUUGCGUUAAGCGUUGAAUAUGUCUCUGUUUGACCGCUACGUGUAGUGUGGACUGUGCAGUAUGAAGACUUAUGAGCCACAGCCGUACUGAGUCUGCAGAUACCCGUCCACUGCUACCAAAGCUAAAGCUACUGUAGUAUGGUGUAUCCCAGUUCCACCAUGCAGUCAGACGGGGACGGUGCACUGGGAGACCUGGAGGCCCAGCUGGCCACUAAAGAGAGGGAGUGGAAGGAGCUCCUGGCUGAAAGGGAUCAUCAGCAAGAGAGUUCCCUCAAUAAGGCCCAGGAGGAGUGCUUCUCCCUCAGAGAACGUUACCAGCAACUGAGGGAAGAUUUCCAGUUCAACCUGGCCAUCCUGGAUGAACGAGACAGAGAGCUGGAGAGAUACGAUGUCAUGACGGCCAGAGCUCUGACUGUGGAGCACGACAGGCAGGGGGAGCUGAAGCGGCUCCGUAUGCAGGUCUCUGAGCUGGAGAAGCAGAGAGACAGAGAGAUUGAGGAGAGGCAGGAGCAGCUCAGUAGAAGUCGUCUGCAGCUGGAGGAGCUCAAGCACUCUAUGGCUGGUGAAAUUCAAAAGCAAAAAGAGGAGUAUGAAAGGAUGAAAUGGGAUUUGCAGUGCAGGAUACAAGAGGUGGAACAAGAGCUGACCCUACAGAGACAGGAGACGAGAGCAGCUUCUGACCGUGAGCUCAGACAGCGGGAACAAGAUUUCAAUCUGAAAAUGGAUGAGAUGCGCGCUGUGCUGCUGUCUUGUGAACUCAAGGUGAAGCUGCUGUCUAAAGAGACUGAAGUUCACCUCCAGGCUCAGCAUCAGUCCACAGAGGCUCUCAAGGCUUCUAAGGAGUUCUGUCAGCAGAUACAAACCCAGCUGCAACACAAAGACCAGGAGCUCAAAGACAUCACUGCUGUCAAGGACCACAAUAUAAAGGAGCUUGAGGACGAGCUAAAAUGGAUGGAGACCAAAUUGAAGAAAGAGGAGGAAGACAACAUCACGAAAUAUGAGGAGUUGGUCCAGGCUCUGAAGGAGUGCGAUGCUCAGCUGGAGGUUCAGCAUCAGGCCCACACAGAGCGGCUGCAGGCGGCUGAGAAACACAUUGUCAAACUACAGGGGGAAGUAGAAGUUCUGGCUGCACAGCUACGCUGCAUACAGAAGAAGCAACAGGAGGCCGUGCAACAGAAAGAUGAGACGAUCCAGAGGCUUCGCACAGAGGUGGAAGCAACCCAGACUGGCUGGGACAAAUACAUCUGUCAGAUCUCCAGUGAGAUGGUUGUCAAGGAUACAGAGAUCAUCGCCCUGCACGAGAGAGAAACCAAACUUAAUACUGAGCGGGAGAAGAGCAGGGAGGAGAUGGAGAGGUACAAGCAGCAGCUGAGUGCUGGUUUGAAGAGAGAGAGGGCUUUAGAGCAGAUGCAAGUCCAGGUCGAGGUGGAUUGGCAGAGACGCUGCGAGGACACGAAGGCCCAACACUACCUCGCCAACGAGCAGCUUAUUCAAGACCUGACCCAGGCUAGAGACCAGGCUAAAGCAGAGCUGAAGGAGAGAGAACAAGACCUGCAAGACUUGACUGUCUUACUACGUUCUGUAAAAACAGAGAGAGACCAGGCGGUACAGGGUCUCACACCAAAGGUAGAUUCUCUGGCAUCAGAGGAGAUCCACUGUCUGCAGCAGCAGAACAGCGUCCUGCAGGCUGUGGUUGCUCAGAUGAGGAAGGACAUGGAGGGUCUCAUCCAUCUCCUACCCCACCCUCAGGUCCAGCCACAUGCCUCCUCUCCUCAGCCAGUUCAGCAUCCAGGAGCCCCUCCAGCCAUCUCCAUCCCACCUACAUCUAACACUCAGACGGCCACCGGACCACCGGACCAAUCCCCUAACAUCUCCUUCAAAAUCAGCCCAGCAGGCGGUCUGUGCUUGGAGAAAAGUGCCAACACCUCUGCUUUGGUGAAGCAGGAGGUCAGAGUGGAACCUAAGGAGUCUGUUCUGGCCAAACUCAUGGAACAGAGUGCACUGCUGCAGCAGCUCCAGGAGGAGAACCUGUCUCUGCGACGUCAGCAGGUCUCAGGUCUGAUGUCUGGUGGUUUGUUUGAAAAUGUACAGGGUGCUAGAAGUGACCCUCCUCUCCUGCGCACCAGGCUAAAGCAGGCAGCGUCCUGUAUCGCCCGUCUGAGCAGAGAGAAACAACAGCUGAUAGAGAUGGGGAACCGCCUCCGAGCCCAGAUCACCACUGCUGGUCCACAGGAACCAGUGGAGCCAGAGAGAGACUCCUCUACAGAGGAACCAGCAGAUCAGCAAAACCGGUUGUUUGCUUUGGAACAGCUGCAGUACCAGCUCACCACACAGGAGCUGCAGUACGCACUAAGGCAGAGAGCUGGCACUUUGGCUGAACAACUCCUACCUGAAACCAACAACCCAGCUCCUGCCAAAAGAGGGGCCGCCAACCCUUGGUCCCAGGGGCACAAAACCACAGACAGGCCUGAGAACAAAGAGAACAUGCUCAGCCAGUCACAGAGCUCGAUGGACGUGGGGCUGCAGACCCACUCAGUUCUGUCCAGGACUCAGUUGUCAUCAGAGGAGUCACUGCGCUCCUUAAAAGAGCUGUGGGAGAUACUGGACCAUGGACUCAGUCCAUCCAUUUUCUCAGAAGGCGAGGGUGAGCUGAGCAGGAAGGAUGUGGCUGAGUCUGGUGAUGCUGGAGUCCAGAUGAAGGUGCACCGUAGCAGCACUCCCAUCCAUGGCCAGCCCCCAGCCGAGGCCCAGCAGAGGAGGGGCCCUUCUAAAAACCCAAUAAACAAUACCAAGACCAGCAGACCUGGAUCCACUGGCAGGACCUGCAAGAUCAGAAACUACAAUGUUAAAGACUGACACAAACAUAAAGGACAAUGUGUCAGUGUGCUGCUCAUGGGGAGUCCAAGUCAGCCUGUGAGAACGCUUUGUCAUGUCUGAGAAAAUAACCCUGAUUAUGUCAUCAGGAUGAUCUCAGACACAGAUUCACAGCAGAGAGCCUGCAUCACAAAUGAGGGGGGGAGGGGAGGGUCUAAUGAGGAGAAGGAUUUUAGAAUGUGUAUUUAAUUAUAGCUUCUUCAUAAUAAUCCUGGUGGCAUGAGUACAAACACGAGUAAAAGCACUCCAAAUCAAAAUCGGCUUCAAAAAAAUAAAAUAUAAUAUUGUUCAUUACAUAAAUAAAACUUAUGGUAAGAGCAUGCUCUUAAAAUCUACUGCUCCUUUCAACAUCAGAACUGACCUGUCUGAGCAGUUAAGGGACCACGACAAAAACAGACAUAUCGGCUUCAAGUAUCUUGUGUGUUAUUCUCAGUUGAACUUGUUGAUGUAUGUAUUGUUAAAGGCCCUUCUGUAUGCGUCAUCGCAUUGUAGUUAACUAACAGUUUUUCUUUUCUUUUCCUAAAAACAGUUCAAAGAUUUUUUUGUCAAAUUCUCUCUUGUAUGAUUUAACUCGCCUGCAACAAAAGUAAAUGACCCACCAGAGAAUAGGAGCUGCCCCUUAAGUCAAAUGAAGUUGUGAAUGGGGUCUUGACCAAAGUUUGUGCUCCCUGGUGUUUCACAGUUAAAGCGCCGGCCAAGAAUUGCAAUGUCCCCCGCUGGGACCUUUGUUGAAUGUCAUUCCCCAUCGCUCUCUCUCUCCACUCAUUUGCUGUCAUCUAUCUUCUUUGAACUAUCCAAUAAAAACAUAAAAUACCAUGGGAAUCCUUUGAAAUAAAACCAGCAAGGUGAAAGUGAUCAUGACUGUAGGUAUCACUAAUAUUAUCAGAAACUCCACAUUGUUAAAGCUGUGUGAUGUCUCAGAAAUCUGACUCUUGUCAUACUGAAAUGAUGCUGCAGAGUUCAAUCCACUGCUCUGUUAUUUUGCACAUAGCCUAUAAACAAUGUGCCAUCCUACGAAUUUAUAUGAAACAACAUGGGCAAUAAAUUAAUUUCCAAUGUGCU